UGGGCCCGCCCCGCCUCACGGCACUACCGCGCUUCACGGCUGGCGGCGCGCGCGCAGCGGGGUGGCGUGGCUGCGGCCCUCCUCGCCGGUGCCCUGCUCGCCCUGGGCCGCCCUCCCCUCGCGCUCGGGCAGGCGGCGGAAGGCUCAGCAGCGGCUCUGCCGCACCGCCGCUUUGAGUACAAGUACAGCUUCAAGGGGCCGCAUUUGGUGCAGGCGGACGGGACUGUGCCGUUCUGGGUGCAUACGGGCAAUGCCAUACCAAGUGCGGAUCAGAUUCGUAUAACAACAUCUUUGAAAAGCCAAAGAGGGUCAGUGUGGACAAAAACUAAGUCAAUAUUUGAAUAUUGGGAAGUCGAAGUGACCUUUCGAGUUACAGGAAGAGGCCGCAUUGGAGCUGAUGGAUUGGCAAUCUGGUAUACAGAAGAGCAAGGCUUGGAAGGCCCUGUUUUUGGGGCAGCUGAUCAAUGGAAUGGUGUUGGAAUUUUCUUUGAUUCCUUUGACAAUGAUGGAAAGAAAAACAAUCCUGGAGUGAUCGUUGUAGGCAACAAUGGUAAACUUCUGUAUGAUCAUCAGAAUGAUGGUUCCACACAAGCAUUGGCAUCCUGUCAGAGGGACUUUCGUAACAAGCCCUAUCCUGUUCGAGUAAAGAUAACAUACUACCAAAAAACCCUGACUGUAUUAAUUAAUAAUGGCUUUACUCCGGAUAAAGAAGACUAUGAAUUUUGUGCAAAAGUGGAAGAUAUGGUGUUGCCAUCACAAGGCUAUUUUGGAAUAUCUGCAGCAACAGGGGGACUUGCAGAUGAUCACGACGUCCUGUCUUUUCUGACCUUCCAGUUGACAGAGCCUGGGAAAGAAGCACCAACGCCAGAUGCAGAAAUUCCUCAGAAAGAUAAAGAGAAGUAUCAAGAAGAGUUUGAGCACUUUCAACAAGAAUUGGAUAAAAAGAAGGAAGAGUUUCAAAAGGAACAUCCUGACGUGCAAGGGCAGCCAGCGGAUGAUCUUUUUGAAACUGUAAGUGAUCGUGAACUGAGGCAAAUCUUUGAGGGACAGAAUCGAAUUCAUCUUGAAAUAAAACAGCUGAAUAGGCAAUUGGACAUGAUUCUGGAUGAGCAAAGGAGAUACGUCUCUCUAGUGACAGAUGAGAUUGCUAAAAGAGGAGCUGGUUUGCCAGGUCAACAAGGGCAGGUUUCCCAGCAAGAGAUUGAGACAGUUGUGAAAACUCAAGAAGAGGUUGUUAGACAAGUGAAUGAAAUAAGAAAUUCUGUGGCUGAUACUCUGAGGUUGAUCAGUGGUGCUCAACAUCCUGGCUCUGCUGCCGGAGUCUAUGAAACAACUCAGCACUUCAAUGACAUCAAAGAACACCUUCAUGUAGUAAAGAGGGACAUUGAGCAUUUAGUACAACGAAAUAUGCCAUCUAGUGAGAAAUCAAAAUGUCCAGAACUGCCACCAUUUCCAUCCUGCUUAUCUACGAUGCACUUCUUCAUCUUUGUAGCAGUGCAAACAGUGCUAUUCAUCAGUUAUAUCAUGUACAGGAGUCAGCAAGAAGCAGCAGCCAAAAAGUUCUUUUGAUGACCUGUUCCCUUUGUGUUUGUCUCCUUGGAACUUCCAUAACUGCCUUGUCGCUCACUGGAUCAAAGGAAAGCUCUCAAUUGCCCAGCUCAAAUUUUGUCCUGUAUGUUCUUGAACUGAUAGCACCAAAUCUGUACCAUACGAAUGUUAGUCAAUGUAGCCUCCUGUUACAGCUGGCUACCAGAAGUUUCUUUUAACCCUAAUAGUACGUUUGAUUCUUAUCAAAUAAGAUUUCAGGACUAGGAGAAGACACCUUGGAAUUCAGUUUUACAGUAUGGGGGAGAACAACUCUAACUACUUGAAGUGCGAAUGCUAAGUAGCAAAUAUUUGGCAGUAAUGAGAAUUUCAUUGUACUGGUCAGAGUAUGUUAUACGUCGUCACACCUGAAUCUUUCAAAAGUAAAACCCACAAUAUGGUUUGUAAAUUGCCUAACUUCCUGUUUGAAGAGAUUUUGACACUUAUCAAUGCAUCAGUUACUGUAACACCGAAUACCGUCUACUGUUGGGGUUUUUUUUUCUAAUUCAAACAGCUGACAUUGUCAUAUGUUUGUUUCUGACUAAUGUAAAUUGACACUUGGAGUUCAGAGAUAACAUUAUUUGAAUAAAGAUGCAUAUUUUUAGUAA